GGAAUUUCCCACCGCCCAGAGACAGCUGAUUUCCUCUUCGCCUGAACUUCGUUGGCAGAUCAGAGUCUCUCUCUGCUGUUGCAUUAGCUUUAUAUCUGCACACACGCAGCCAUGCUUUUCGUAAAGAGGCUGUAUGUCUUUCUUUUGCUUAUUACGGCGACGGCCACCGCGUCCUCUGACAAGAUGACAGCAGCCACGGUGUACUGGGACGCCCAACACAAGACCGUCCUGCUGAAGGAGGGGGUGCUGGAGACAGAGGGGGAUGCAUACGGGUAUCUGAACAAUACCCUGUCCAGCACAGGCUGGAGCAUCCUCGAGAUCCGUGCCGGGUACGGACAGACCCCUGAAACUGACGAGGUCACUUUCUUCCUGGCCGGCUACCUGGAAGGCUUCCUCACUGCCCAGCAGAUGAUGGACCACUACACCAACAUGUUUCCGCAGCUGAUCCACGACCCAAAGGUCCUCGGCCCGGUUAAGACUUUCAUGGCGAAGCAGGACUCGUGGACCAGAGAGCAGGUGAAAAUGAACAAGAGCUCUGAUCCUCUGUGGAAACACGCAGGCUUCAUCGUGGCUCAGUUGGACGGGCUGCAAGCAGGAGUUGCAGACUGGGCUAAGAAACAAGGGAGAAAGCCGCUGUCCCUGUUUGACGUCCAGUUCCUGAAUGCAGUGGGGGACCUGCUGGAUCUGAUCCCAGCUUUGGUCCCCUCCUCCAAACCCCCGCUCAGAAACUUCAAACUUCCAGGGAUGGGGCACUGCUCUGCACUCAUCAAGAUGCUGCCCGGCUUUGAGAACCUCCUGUUUGCCCACUCCAGCUGGUACACGUACGCCGCCACCAUGCGGAUCUACAAACACUGGGACUUCCACAUCACUGAGCCCCAUGCAGCCACUGGGAAACUGUCCUUCAGCAGCUACCCUGGUUUCCUGGUGUCUCUGGAUGACUUCUACCUCUUGGGCAGCAAUCUGAUGAUGACCCAGACCACCAACAAUGUCUUCAACUCCUCCCUUUAUGACGCAGUCACUCCCAGCAGCCUGCUGGCGUGGCAGAGGGUCAGGCUGGCUCACAGUUUGGCACACACUGGGGAAGAGUGGGCCAAAACCUUCUCCAAGUACAAUUCUGGUACCUACAACAACCAGUACAUGGUGUUGGACAGGAGCAAAGUGAAGCUGGGCCACAGCGUCGAGGACGGCGCUCUGACUGUGGUGGAGCAGAUCCCCGGCUUGGUGGAGUACUCUGACCAGACACAGGCGCUGCGCAGAGGGUACUGGCCCUCCUACAACGUUCCCUUCCACCAGAAGAUUUACUCGCUGAGUGGUUAUGGACAAAUGUGGGAGGAGUAUGGAGAGGACUUCUCUUACGAUCUCUGUCCCAGAGCCAAGAUCUUCCGCCGUGACCAGGCUGAUGUCAAGGACCUGGACUCCUUGAAGCACAUCAUGAGGUCUAAUGACUACAAGAAGGAUCCAUACUCCAAGGGUGACCCCUGCAAGUCCAUCUGCUGCCGGGGCGACCUGAGGACAGAGAGGCCUUCGCCGUCAGGCUGCUACGACACUAAGGUAACAGAUUUCCUCAUGGCUGGGGACUUCCGUGCGGAGGCGGUGAACGGGCCAACGACAGAGGAUGGACUCAAGCCGUUCGUCUGGGAUAAAUUCAGCAGCAUCAGCCACCAGGGCCUGCCGCAGUACUACAACUUCACCUUCAUCAAGAUCCAGCCCCUUCUCUUUGAGCCAUGAGGUGUGUGCAUGUGUGUGUGUCUGUCAGAGAGACUUUCUGUCGGAUGCUUUCAGAGUGCUGAAUGAGAAUCAAAGGUACAAUUUGUGAAAUGAUGAUUUUUAUCUGAACUGUUGCUUGAAGUUCAGAAUUGCGUCCUGCCAACGUGCUUUUUUCCUUAAAUCUUUAAAUUUAAACUGCCAAACUGUCAAACUGCCAAUCAAAUUUGAACACGUCUCAGGGUGUGUUGGAUGAUUAUGGAUCUCAGUAGAAGGCAGUGGCGUUUUUUUGAUACCUGCAGCCAUUCGUGCCUUGAACACUGAGAGCAACUUCAUGAUUUUAUGAAAUGAAGAAUCAGUGCACUAAAUCUGUGGUUAUUCUUGAAUGUUUUUUAUAUAAAUGCAAAAAUCAUUUUGAUGAUAGAUGAACAAUCGGUGCAAUGUCACACUCAGGGCGGUUGAACUUUGGUGCUGUGCUCUGCUGUGCAUCAAUUUUUGUGAUACUAUGUACAAUAAGAAUAUCUCAGGUUUGUAUUUUUGGUGUAAACCUCUGUUUCUUACAAUAUAUAAUGAGUAAUACAUCACAUCUGUAUCAUGCCAUCAUUUAAAGUGUGAAUUGUUUAUUAAAGGUGUACACUUGUA